AUGGAGAAUCUAUGGCGAGCAGCGACAGGUCAAGAACCCAACCUAGAAGACUACGCCGGAAUCGAAUUCUGGUCAAACCCAGAACGCUCCGGCUGGUUAACAAAACAAGGCGACUACAUCAAAACCUGGCGCCGCCGUUGGUUCGUUCUCAAACAAGGCAAACUCUUUUGGUUCAAAGAUCAAUCCUCGGCCGCCUCACACUCCUCCGUCCCCCGCGGCGUCAUCUCCGUAUCCACCUGCCUCACUGUCAAAGGCGCUGAAGAUGUUCUUCACAAAGCCUCCGCCUUUGAACUCUCAACGCCGCAGUCCACUAUGUUCUUCAUCGCUGAUAAUGAUAAAGAUAAAGAAGAUUGGAUCAAUUCAAUCGGGCGUGCGAUUGUUCUUGGGUCUAGAUCUCAUGCUGCUUCUGAGGUUAUUGAUUAUCGUCAAUCUACUGAUACUUGA